UCGUGAUAUCACGUGGUCUGGUUAUCUAAUCGUGCCGAAAAGAUAUCAAAAACCUGAAACCCGGCCCGGUAGAAUGAGUAAAUUGAACUUCCCUUUUGUCUCACAGCAAGGCUCCUUGAGGUAUCUUCUUGCUGAGAUGGCCUGCGAAUAAAGGCCAAGCAAGCAUCCGGCAUUUUCGUUAUCCAUCCAUUCAUGAGGGUCAAGGGAUGACGUAUUUGUGACCAAACUAUCCCGACUUUCGCUAAUGUGGAAAAGCAUAAUCUAGCUUGUUAUGAUUUCCUUGGAAUUCUAGAAUCAUUCAUAUAUAUAUAUAUAUAUAAAUGUUGCUCUUGAUAAGUAGCGCAUUUUUAUUAAGAAAGAAGCCGGAAUUUGAUGUAGCGGGUGCCACUUUCCUUUCUUUUCUUCUAUUCUCAACUUCAAAUUCUCAACUUUGAGACUCAAAACUGAAGUUUUCUCUCUUUCUCUCUCUCCCCCUUCAGAAAGUUCAUAUUGUUGUUUUUGGCGUAGCUAAUCUUCAGUCACAAUGACUGUUUUUGUCGUCUCUUUGUUUCUCCCAUAUACCGUCAACUUCCACCUUCCCGAAGGUUCGUUAGGUAGGCGACCGUCGAGUCCUAGACGUCGGCAUAUGUGGGAAGGGCCUUCAGAGCUUCACAGGAAACAAUUCAACAGCCUAUUCGGUCCUCACAGGAAAUCUACUUCCUCCUCGUCGAGGCCAACGUUUUUGAAAGAGCAGGCCCAAUUAUCUGCCUUCUCAUCCGACAAAUCUAAGCCAAAGGCAAAUCAAUCCGGAUAUCCGUUUCCAUCUCACGCAGACCUUCAGCCGCUUGCUCCGAGCGAUCCCCACUCACCUACUUGGGGAACCAAGGGAGUCUUCAACCAACCAAAAGCGCAACCUCUUCGUUCUCCCGCACCAUCCGUUCUAGCUCACGGUGUUGGCGUUGUUGAUACUACUCAGAAGGCGGGGGAUAUUGAUAAACCGUUGGGCUCAACUCAGCCUAUCAAUGAAACCCAACUGUUUUCGGAAGCAGACUGGACCAUAGAAGCGUCGGAGCAAGGGAAUGGCGGGCUUCGCAACGCAAUCCGCUCUGCUGUGGACACUGGCCUUCUAAAGGAAAAGCUAUGGGUUGGAACUCUCGGCAUGCCCACCGAUGUAUUAGAUGACCAUAGCAAAGAUACGAUCGCUGAAAAGCUGGAGGUGGACUUCGACUCGUUGACUGUCUUCGUGGGUGACAGUGAUCUUGAUGGUCAUUAUCUACAUUUUUGCAAAACAAUACUUUGGCCAGUUUUCCAUUACCAGAUCCCUGAUAACCCGAAGAGUAAGGCUUAUGAAGAUCACUCCUGGGUGUACUACGUCAGGACCAAUCAAGCGUUUGCAGACCGCAUCGUUCGCAAUUGGAAGCGUGACGAUGUGAUAUGGAUUCACGAUUACCACUUGUUAUUGGUACCCGCGAUGGUACGAAAGCAAAUUCCUGAUGCUAAGAUCGGAUUCUUCCUCCAUAUCGCGUUUCCGUCAUCUGAGGUGUUUCGCUGUCUGGCUGUUCGGGAAGAGCUAUUAAAAGGCAUGCUGGGAGCCAACCUUAUAGGCUUCCAAGCGCAAGAAUAUUGCCACCAUUUCCUGCAAACCUGCAGCCGCAUACUCACUGUCGAAGCCACGAAUGAAGGUGUUCAACUAGAGGAUCGCUUCGUUAAUGUUGGGACAUUCCCAAUUGGGAUUGAUGUGACAGCUUUGGACCGGAGACGUGAAGGAGAAGACGUUGCACAAUGGAUGCGAAUCAUUAAGGAAAAAUAUAAUGGAAAGUAUCUGGUUGUAGCCCGCGAUAAGCUGGACAAUAUUCGGGGUGUAAGGCAGAAACUGCUCACGUACGAACUUUUCUUGCGAAAAUACCCGCAGUGGCAAGACAAGGUCGUUUUAAUCCAAGUUGCUUUACCCAGUACGGACCAAUCCGAGCUUGAUGCAACUGUGUCCGAUGUAGUGACGCGAGUGAACUCUGCAAACUUCAGUUUAGCACAUCAACCUCUAGUCUUUUUGAAGCAAGAUAUUAGCUUCUCUCAAUAUCUUGCUUUGAUCACAAUGGCCGACGUGCUGAUGGUCACUAGCCUUCGCGAAGGUAUGAAUCUUACAAGUCAUGAAUUUAUUCACUGCCAAGAUGGCAAAUAUUCGGACAAAAAGCACGGCUCUCUAAUCCUUAGCGAAUUCACGGGGAGUGCGUCCCUCUUUGAGGGACACCCAUUGCUUGUCAAUCCCUGGAACUACAAACAAUGCGCAGAGGCUUUGGAUACUGCUCUAAAGUUGGCUCCCGAACAAAAGGAGCGCAAUUGGACAAAGCUAAAUAACAUAAUCAUGAAGCAUACGACUGCAAAUUGGUUCAAAGAAUUUACUGACGCCCUCUCGAAGGCUUGGAAUGAACAGUCUCUACAUGAUAAUGUGUCCAUACCUCGACUGUCAGUCAGUGAUCUUUCAACUAAAUACAAGGAGUCUUCCAGUCGACUGUUCAUCCUCGACUAUGAGGGCACGCUUGCAUCUUGGGGAUCACCAACCAGUAUCGUGUUAACGACACCGAAACGUGCCAUUGAUACAUUAAAUGACCUAAUAGAGGAUCCCAAAAAUAUAGUCUACGUGAUGAGUUCCAGAAUGCCUGAGGAAAUGGAACGACUGUUCCGGCGUGUUGCGGGUUUAGGACUAAUCGCGGAAAACGGAAGGUACGUCCGCGAAGCGAAUGCGGAAGAUUGGAUUAAACUUGUGAGCGACGAGCAAACUAUUGCGUGGAAGGAUGGGGUGGCGGAUAUGAUUCGUUAUUUCCAGGAACGUACUGAAGGCAGCUGGGUCGAGCACAUGCACUCUUCUCUAGUGUUCCAUUUCGCACACGCUGAGAACCCUCAAACAGCCGAAAGACAUGCCUCUGAAUGCGCCAACCACAUUAACGACACCUGCGCGAAUCAUCAAGUCCACGCCGUCGUGGAUCAGGAUGCUCUGAUUGUCGAGCCCACUACCCCGAACAAGGCAACAGCUGCACGUGUGGUACUAGACGCUAUCCAGAAGUCUGCGCGGGCCUCUAAUGGUCAGGGGCCGGACUUCCUUUUCGUAGUUGGUGAUGGUCGGGAAGAUGAGGUGAUCUUCCGCUGGGCGAAUGAAGUUGGUCGGCAAAAGACGGUCAGGAACGUUCUCACGGUGACAUUAGGUUCGAAGAAUACGGAGGCAGCGGCAACGUUAACGCAAGGGGUGACUGGUGUACUUUCUUGUCUUCAGAAACUGGCGGCCAUUUCACAGUCAAGGCAGUGAUGAGUGCCGUUUUGCUCGACGAGAAUACUCAAUUCCAGCUUUAACCCCGCAAGGCAGGCAGUAUUUCAUACCCACCAGCAUCAGGUCUUCUUAACGGGUGGUAUCGUAGCUCUUUUACGUAUUAUUAUAAUGCGUUGUGUAGUAAAAUCACCUCCAUGCUUUCUUACCCCUGAAUUAUAUUUUUUAAUGCCUGUCCCUUCUACAUAGCGCGCCGAAAAGGUAUUUCGCAACUGUAUUAAUAUUAGGAUAUAUCACUAUCAUUAGUCCUAAAAAGAGGAUAUGCGUAUAUCUAUUUACUCACUUUCUCCCGAAAUAGAAAGUCGUGAGAUCCCGAAUUAAUAUACAUAUAUUGGCUGAUCCACGAUUCAUUCCUCGAAAAGGGGCUUUCUACCCCACCCCACCAGUUAUGGAGAAAUGGACUCUUGGAAAUCUGGAAAUCUAAAAUUGGUUAUAUACACUUAUGCGUCUAUAUAUAUCUAUAACUAUAUACACUCUAGCGCAAUGCCUUUCUAACUAGGAGUGAACAAGGAGAAAAGCUAUAGCUUACUCCCUCCAUUCCCAUUCCCAUUCCCGUUCCCGUUCCCGUUCCCGUUCCCGUUCCCCUUGCCUUUACCCUUCCUAGGCUCAAUAUUCCUCUGCGCACUCACAAUCAAAGACACAUGGUUACUCACCACCACAACCUCACCCUUCUCAUCCAAAACAACGAGAUCCAAAUCCAUCCUCCCAUCCUUUAACACCUUAGUCUGCACACGGGAAUACAGCCACUCCACCCCUUCCGCCGGCAACUUCUUCUUAAACUCCAUAUUCAACAAGACAGUCGGAUACCAGUACCGCGCCAUCUCAAGUUUGUCAGCCGCACUAUCGCCCUGCCACGGCUUCGAAUCAAACCUCUCCAACAUCAUCGGGAACAUAUCAACCAGAUACCCCAGCGUGCUAUCGGUCCAGCGCCCUACUUUUCCAUACGGCUUAAACCGCACCCACUGCUCCACAAAGCCCGACGGGCCCUUUGUCCGCCCGCCCGCCUCCUUCGUGUACCGGGGCGUGUAGAAUUCCACAUGAUUCGACGCCUUGCGCAUGGACGAGAAGGCAAUAUGGAACCGCUCCCAGUUGCCGUCGCGGCCGUCACGGGCUAAUUUCACAAGAUCGACUGCCUGGUCUGGUCGGGAACCCGGUGCCGGCUUGGGAUACAGCUCGUACCCGGUCUGCAUGGUGGGGCCCUCCUCCGUGUCGAAGUUAGACACGGUAAUGUAGCCGGCGACCUCGUGGCGGACGGCACCGUCCGGGUCAUGUUGGCUGAGGGUUACGUGGAGGGUGGACGUGCGCGAGCCGAGUUUUGUAUCUUGGACGACGAAGGCGGCUGGGCCAGCAUCGGUGCGGCGCAGGAAGGUGAGGUGGAGGGCUAUUGGGUGCGGCGUGCCGGAGUGGAGGGUUGGGUGGGUGUGUUUGAGAUGGAUGACGGCCACAUUAUGGAAGAGAGAGGCUAUGUAACCGCCAUGGGGCACUGUGAGGGGUCGUUAUGAUGUCAACGGAAGCCUUUUUUUUUUUCUUUUUUUUUUUUUC